GAUCUCAUGGAUUACUUUGUUUCUUGUUAUUUUGUUUUAUUAUACCCUAUCUGCACAUGGAUCCGCUCCCUGCCUGGAUUCUAUGUUACAUGUAUAUUGUUUGUUGUUGCAGAAGCAAACCACUCAACUCAGCAAGAGAUGUAUUGUAUGCCUUUGACACCAUUACAGUAUUCCCUAACUACAAAGAUCCUAAUAAGAAGACAGGCUAUAACACAGGUUUGUACCUUGGCGAUUCAACUUGGAACCAGUCAUGGCAGAAUUUUCCUCAUUCUCUACAAGGUGUGUUUGCUGUUGAUGAAGUUGAAGCCGCGGUGAUCAAGGGAGAUUCUCUCACUUUAUACAUCGAUGCUGUGGAAACACGGAAAGCUGCUGACCUGCUCUGGACGUUUAAUGGUGAUAGAGCAAUCAUAGCAAAGAUCGACAGAGAAACAAACACGGUCUCGGUUGCUGGGAAUGAUGACGGGAGGUUCAGAGGCAGACUGAAGAUGGAUGAUCAGACUGGAUCUCUCACCAUCACAAACAUUAAAGACGCAGACGCUGGACUUUAUCAGCUACAGAUCAGCAGCAGUACUGUGAAAUACAAGAGAUUCAGUGUUACGGUUAAUGAAGUGAACAGGAUAUCCGUGAAUGGACACUUUGUCACGCUACAAACUGGCGUUCAAAUGCGGACGGAUGAUGAGAUACUGUGGAACUUUCAAGCCACGCUGAUUGCAAACUUAACUGGCCCUGUUGACUCCAGAUUCAUGAACAGUGAUGUGAAUCGCGAGACUGGAGACCUCAACAUCACAAACAUCAGGUCCAACCAGUCGGGAGUUUAUGAAAUGAAGAUCAACGGCAGAGGUUUGAUCUUACACAGGACUUUGUGCAUCAACGUUAGUGGUGACGUGAAGUCAGUGCCAGUGAAGAUGGGCGAAUCUGUCAUUCUGCACACUGCUACUGAAACACAGACGGAUGAUGUGAUACUGUGGAAGUUUAAAGACACGGUCAUAGCUCAAUUCAACAGAGCAUCAAAUCACGUCUUAUAUGAUGGUGAUGAUGGGAGAUUCAGAGGCAGACUGCAAUUGGAUUGGGUUGGAUCGCUUACUAUCAGAAACGUUAAAACUGAAGACUCAGGAAUUUACGAAGUACACGUCGAUAGGAGCAAAUGCAUCAUUCACAAGAUAUUCAGGGUUGUUGUCAAAGAAAUCCAGUGUGAGUCGCAGUGGAAGAAUUUUGGUCUAGUUGUAUUGGGAUCAGUGAUUGGGAUGAUUAUCUGUUUUUUUUUAAAGAAAAUUUGCUCGUAGGGACUGCAAGGAGCUUCUGCCUGGCUGGUUGCCUCUAAAAACACUUCCAUGUCCUUUGAAGUCCUGCUCGCAAAUGUCUCCUGGUCCAUCACCUUGUUUUAUUAUCCAACUUGGGCCUGAACUGAUGAGGGAGAACUGACGCUACUGUUAUUACUGUUAAUGUGUCUGACGCAGAGCCACUCCGAGUGAGGUAAACUGCUAAUCAGUCCGGUGUUCUAUCCCUCGCCAUAGUAGAGGGCUUCGGCUUUACAUUGUACAACUUAAAAAAGGACGCCAAAUAUAUGAUGGACAAACCCACAGGAAGCAGAAUAACAAACACGUGUAACAAUAAUAACAUUGUUUACUUAAGCACCAUGGACAGCGUCUGGGAUUUUUACACAGCCGUUUUAAGGGCUUCAUAGAUGAGGCUUGAGGAAGACGGCUACAAAUGUGUAUUUAUUAUAUAUGAUCUGAAUCUGAAGUGAAACUGGGACUUUCUUAUUGACAGAGACUGAAUAACAAAAAUGACAGUGUAUAUGUCAGUCCCGUCUGCCCCCUGUCCGUUCCCAUGCCUGUUUCUCCAUUGCUUUCCCCAAGGACUUCAUCGCCCACGAUCCUUCAUGCUCCCUCACCUGGCCCUCGUCAGUCAUCACCCUCACCUGCACAACCCUCGUUAUCAGGAUUGCAUUUAUAUACUCACUCAGUUGUCUGGGGUGCUUCUCAAUAUGCCUCCUCGUUUCCUCGCUCCUCCGUCCUCCAUCCUAUGACCCGGAAACCCAUCGAGCACAGCCAUCUUUAAGGACGUCUCAAUUCUCUAAUUGCACCGGGAGGAGGCGAGGAUCGAGGAGGCUUUCUGAGGAGUCAUGAGCGAGGAUACACAGGUGUUUCCUUUGCGGAAGUGUUUUAUCCACUAAACCUGACGCGCGUAUUAUUCUCCUCCCCCUGCACAUCGUCACAUCUUUAGAUCAUACUCAAACAUGCAUAAAUGUGAUAAUUACGCUUUUUUGUAAAUAUAUAUCUAUUUCAGACAGUAUAGUUAAUAUUCAUAAAGUUAAUAUAUUAAUAAUAUUUAUGUAUAACUUAUUUGAUAAACCUAAAUUUCUGACCACUUUUAUGCAUGUUUAUAACUUAUUUUAUUGUAGUGGUGAUUAUGAAAUCUGCCUAAAGUAUGUUUUUAACUUUAUUUUUUAUAUUUCCAAUGUGCAAUGUUUACAGUCGUCAUUAAUUGACGUCGCUUUGAAUCCAGCGGCAUGGCGAAGGUUUAAGCGCGUUCGGUCUUUUCAGGCACUUUGUUUUAACAUUAUGUAAUUUUAUCUGACUCCAAAAGAUAAAAAACUAUAUAUUUUUAUAUAAUUGUAUUGACUAUUUGAACAUCCGGGUUGACUGUUUCGUAAGAUUAUAUUCAGACGUUUAAGAUUAAAUCAAUUCAUUAAUCAAUUUGCACAUACACAUAAUCUUACAACAACUCUGGAUCAAUUCAAACACAAUUUAAUUACAAUUACAAUGUAUUUGUCAGGUAAGAGAUAAUCCCAGCUAACACUGUUACGUUGUGACGACCUGCUGCGUUUCCCAAAAGCAUCGUAAGCCUAAAUUGAUCGUAAAAACGAUCGUACGAGUGAUCUUAAUAUUACAGUCUGUUUCCCAAAAGCAUCGUAACUUAAGUAGCACUUGAAAAUCAUCGUAGAUCUACGAGUGCUCUGGAGUAAUCGUAAAGGCCUAAGUGCAUCGUAAAGCAGAUUUAUGAGGUCAUCUACCUGCAGGACAACCGGAGUAUUGCGCUUAAACAUGCCUAUAUGUGAUUUAUCGGCCCGGUUUCAUAGACGAGGCUUAGCCUAAGCCUAAGGAAUAUGCCUUAGUUCAGUUAGGCUAUUUAGGUCGCUUUUAUUAAAAUGCCUUAUAUUAUAUGUGCAUCAUGAGACAAAACAAUGGCACUGGCAUAUUUGAAGAUAUGUCAGGGCAAGUUAUUUUCAGUUGAGACAGCUCAAAAUUCAUUUUAGUCUGGGACUAGUCAUAAGCCUUGUCUGUGAAACCAGGGCAUCAUGUUUUUAUUUAGUUUGUUUGUUUAAAUCUUUAAAAUUACUAAACCAAAUUUAUAAAAAGUACAGUACAAUAAAAAUUAAAUGACUGAACAUACAUUAAUACAGUAAAGAAUAAAAAAACAUAUAGUAUGGGCAAGUUGUUGGUUCUAACAAGGGAUGCAUGUUUGUUGCUGGAUUGCUGUAUUACUCCACAUUUUAUGCAAAGUAAAAAUGCUGUGUUUAAAAGAGAAAUGGUCAAAUUGCUUAUUUGGUGGUCAGUGUCUGUCUUUCUGCUGCUGUUUAGUUUUAAGAAACUGAAUGCCUGAUUUGCUGAGAAAUUGGAUUGAUUAGCUUCAUCGUUCUCUAAUUGAAAGGUUCAUAUUCAUAAUGUACACACUUUGUGCUUUUUAUUAAUAAAGUGCUGGUAAUGUAUGUGUACAAUAAACAUUUUGUUUGGAGCUAGA